AUGGUGACUGCCUCUCAGUUGGUGAUUCCUCACUCUUCUAUUGCAUCACUGGUUCCUAUGGUUUCUAAUGUCCAUGUCAAGUUGGAUGAUACUAAUUACUUGCAAUGGCACUUCCAAAUGAACUUGUUGCUGGAAUGUCAUGGCAUACUUGGUUUUGUGAUUGGUUCCCAUCCAUGUCCACCUCAGUUUGUUGUUGGUUCUAAUUUUGAGGAAAUUGAAGCAUAUAAGGUCUGGCAGUUACAUGACAAAGCUUUGAUGCUAUUAAUCUCUACUACUUUGUCUGCCUUUGCUAUUUCUUGUGUAAUUGGUAGUACCAAUGCUAGGGAGAUGUGGUUAACUUUGAAAGAAAGGUUUGCUAUUAUUACCAAGACUAGUAUUUUUCUUCUGAAGACUUGUCUCUACAAUAUGAAGAAAGGUUCAGAUUCAAUAGCUCAAUAUCUUAAUCAUAUUAAGGAUGCAAGAGAUCAACUAUCAUGUGUUAGCGUGCACUUUGCUGAUGAAGACAUUAUCAUCUUGGCUCUCAAUGGUUUACCUACAGAAUACAACACUUUUAGGUGUGUUAUGCAAUGCCAAGAAAGUAUGCUCUCAUUCAAGGAGUUUCAAUGUCAAUUGCUUGCUGAAGAAAUAAUGCUUGUUGCUUGCCACAGAGGUUCAAAAUAUCACAAUCAAGGUAGAGCUGCUUCCUAUUAUCCUCAGGAAUCAAGAUCUUGUAACGCUACAGUCCCACAGUCGGUAGGUGAACAAGAGUUUUUGUUUACUACCUCCGCAUCAACUGUUCCAUCGUUACCAAUCAAGACAAUCUUUAGUAUUGAUGCAUUUGCUGAAGAGGAAGCCACUGUGUCUCCAAUUGGUUUUCCAAUUUCUAAACUCCAACUUUCAGAUGAAAUAAUUGCUGCAGAUGAUGUGUUGCCUCAGGCAACGACCUUACAUGAUGGCAAGGCCUCUGGUUCUCAUGAUGAGGGUGAAACUGGCAAGACUAUUAUCUCUGGAAAUGCCAAGUUUGCUGGGGACAUUCCUUUGGUGACGCCAAAAUUGCACUUUGAUCGCAUUUUGCAUUUUGAUCUCAACGUAGUUCCAGAUAUACAAAAAUGUGUGCUAGCCAAUGAUAUUGAUUACAAUGCCACGGUCCUGCUAGUAGUUCCAUCAACCAUUGUUAGUUUCAUUUUGGCAUUGGCUGGUGGUUUUCAGUGGAAACUCAAACACAUGGCUCAGCCUCCUGGUUUUACAGAAACUCUAUAUCUUGUUUGUACACUCUGGUCUUCCACAUUUUAG